UGUGGGUAGAAAACCAGAUAACACAAGCAUAUCGAAAACCUUGCUGUUCUGGCUCCCUGGUGGCCUCCCACAAAUGCUGAGAAAAGAGCCCUGCUUCUGGUGAGGAAUCUUGCGGUAACUCAUCAGCAGUAAGAAGCGCUGGGAUUGGUCAGCAGCACGAAUCUUGUGUCCUCUGGUUUCCUUUCCCUAAGACUCAGCACUAAAAAGUGACUCUAACCAGUCAUGAAAGCACAUGGGAAAGAAUGUGCUUUAUCCUUCUGUGUCUGUCUCAUAUAGACCAUGUGCUUAGGAAAUGACUGUUUAGGGUAAUGAUCCCUAUUAAGGAAGCUUUACAUUUCAUAGAUUGUUGGAAUUAACUGGAACUUCUCUGAAGACAAAAACCGUGAAUGAAAAUUUACAGGAGUCACCUGGCUAUGUGUGUGAAGCUUUUCAGCUCCAGGAAAUCAAGUACAACCCAAACUCCUGUGGAUGAAGGUGCAUCCAGGAACUACUGACAUUGUUUCAACUAAGGAAUGUGGGGUGCUUUGCAUCCAGGAUUACAGAAAAAACAGCCAAGUGGAGCCAAGUACACUUAAUAGCUUCAUGGGCUUGAAGGGUCAUCUGGGGCACGACCGAGGCCACCUUUCUGUGGAGAGCACUGACCCACAUUUCAGUACAUCUGCACCUUGGUCAAUGAUAGAAAAGCCAGCAAUGGAUAAAGUUAAUUCCGAGAAGGACGAAAAAGAGGUGUCUGAAGACAAUGUGAGCUGCAGUGAUUCUGAAGAAAGCCCGAAUUCUGAUAAUGAGUCAGAACAAUUGGGCAGCUUUUCAGUAGAGCCAUGCUUAUUAACCAAGACUCACAGACAACUGUGUAGGUCUCCCUGUUUAGAGCCUCACAUACUCAAACACAGUGAAAGUUUGCAAGACUUUAAACCUGAAGAGUCCCAGGCUACAUCCACGGAAGUGAAGAAACCGCCUGAUGUUGUACGAGAAUACCAAACAAAACUGGAGUUUGCACUUAAGUUAGGUUAUUCUGAAGAACAGAUUCAGCUUGUGCUAAACAAACUUGGUACUGAUGCUUUAAUCAAUGAUAUUUUGGGAGAACUUGUCAAACUUGGAAAUAAAAGUGAGACUGAACAAACAGUUAGUACAAUUAAUGGUAUAAUGCGGGAAACAUCUUCUCUGGAAUCUCAGCGAUCUGAAUCUCCAAUGCAAGAGACUGUAACAGAUGAUGGGGAAAAUAUGAGACCAAUAGUUAUUGAUGGCAGCAAUGUGGCAAUGAGCCAUGGAAACAAAGAAGUAUUUUCCUGCCGAGGAAUAAAAUUGGCAGUAGAUUGGUUUUUGGAAAGAGGCCACAAAGAUGUUACAGUUUUUGUUCCUGCUUGGAGAAAAGAGCAAUCCCGACCUGAUGCUCUUAUUACAGAUCAAGAAAUUCUACGUAAAUUAGAGAAGGAGAAAAUCCUGGUGUUCACACCCUCCCGGCGAGUCCAGGGGAGACGAGUGGUGUGCUAUGAUGACAGGUUCAUCGUGAAGCUGGCUUUUGAGUCAGAUGGUAUAAUUGUGUCCAAUGACAACUACAGGGAUUUGGCUAAUGAAAAACCAGAAUGGAAGAAGUUCAUAGAUGAGCGAUUAUUAAUGUAUUCAUUCGUCAAUGACAAGUUCAUGCCUCCUGAUGACCCUCUUGGCAGACAUGGCCCAAGUCUGGAUAAUUUUCUGAGGAAGAAACCUAUUGUUCCUGAACACAAAAAGCAGCCUUGCCCAUAUGGAAAGAAGUGUACCUAUGGACACAAGUGCAAAUAUUAUCAUCCCGAAAGGGGCAGUCAGCCUCAGCGGUCAGUGGCUGAUGAACUUCGUGCCAUGUCUAGAAAUACAGCCACCAAAACUGCAAGUGAAGGAGGACUGGUGAAAAGCAACAGCGUUCCCUGCAGCACUAAGGCUGACAGCACGUCAGAUGUCAAACGAGGUGCUCCAAAGAGGCAAUCGGAUCCAAGCAUAAGGACUCAGGUCUACCAAGACCUAGAGGAAAAGCUUCCCACCAAAAACAAAUUGGAAACCAGGUCUGUACCUUCCUUGGUUAGUAUACCGGCUACUUCUACUGCAAAACCCCAAAGCACUACAUCUAUAAGCAAUGGCCUUCCACCUGGAGCUCAUUUCCCACCUCAGGAUCAAAGACCACAGGGACAAUACCCUCCAGUGAUGGUGGCAACCAAAAAUCAUGGAACCCCAAUGCCUUACGAACAGUAUCCACAAUGCGACUCACCUGUUGACAUUGGGUGUUAUUCCAUGCUGAAUGCAUACUCAAAUCUGAGUAUCUCAGGCCCACGAAGUCCUGAAAGGCGUUUCUCCUUAGACACAGACUACAGGAUAAGUUCUGUAGCUUCUGACUGCAGCAGUGAAGGGAGCCUGAGCUGUGGGAGCAGUGACUCAUAUGUGGGGUACAAUGACCGGUCCUACGUCAGUUCUCCUGACCCACAACUAGAAGAGAAUUUGAAGUGUCAACACAUGCACCCUCAUAGCCGCCUUAAUUCCCAACCCUUCCUGCAGAAUUUCCAUGACCCCUUAACCAGAGUGCAGAGUUACAGUCAUGAAGAACCAAAGUACCAUCACAAGCCUCCUCUCCCACAUCUGGCUGUGCAUCUGCAGCACGCAACCGUGGGGGCCCGCUCCAGCUGUCCUGGUGAUUACCCCUCUCCUCCGAGCUCAGCACGUGCUCAGGCACCGCGCCUCGGGCGGUCCUUAGUGACCACAAGAAUAGACAGCAUUUCUGACUCUCGGCUGUAUGACAGUUCCCCUUCAAGACAAAGAAAGCCUUGCUCCCACCAGGAAGGACUGGGAAGCUGGGAUAGGCAGAGUUACGGGGUGGAUGCCUAUGGCUACCGACAAACUUACUCCCUGCCUGACAGCUCCACACAGCCGUGCUAUGAGCAGUUCACCUUCCAGAGCCUUCCCGAGCAGCGAGAGCCCGCGUGGCGCAUACCGUUCUGCAGAGUGCCGCAGGAUCCCCCACGGUAUCAGGACAACCGUGAGAAGAUUUACAUCAACUUGUGCAACAUCUUCCCACCUGACCUUGUGAGAAUUGUCAUGAAAAGGAACCCUCACGUAACAGAUGCCCAGCAGCUAGCUGCAGCCAUUUUAGUGGAGAAAGCACAGUUGGGCUAUUGAGAGGUGAUGCAUCUUUGUGGUGUUUAGUAGUUUUUGUUCAGCUCAAAUGCUGAGGGAGGUUUGCUACAGUAGCACAUGUGAUCUCCUUCUCAGCAGGGAGGUUAUAUAGUAUCCAUUUAUGUGAGAUCCUGUAUCAUGGAACUUGUAUGCAUAGCCCCACAGUGGAAGUAUCAUGGGAUUGCUUUACUUUCAAACCUUUUUUUUUUAACAUUUCCUUUUUAAAGCUAUAUCCCUGGCUGGAAAUUUUUCCAGUUUGAUUUAUUAGAUGUAUCUGUGAUCUUUGAUAUUAAUCUUUUGGUGCAUCAGGGGUUUAUAUGCAGCACUUUUUAUCCUUGUUUCAUGUUUUAUUAACUUAGUGUUUGUCUAUCAAAUAAGAGCAAUUACAAUACCUUUAGAAUGUUGAACAUUGGGCUAGACCUAGCAAACUAUUUUUUCAAGCCAGGCUUAAUUGGAAUCUUUUACAGCUUUUUAAGUUAUUUUUAUUUGGGGAAAGUGGGCUUCUUUGUGCUAUAAUCAUUAUUUAUAGAAACAAAGAUAUACUACAGCACUGACUUUAUAUUUUAAACAAAAUGUAAGUUACCAGUUUAUGUUGAAAUGGGUAACACUAUAUAUUAGAAUGAUUUACAAUAUGGCACUUUUCAUUGUUUUAUUUUUUUUCUGUUAAGUAAUUUAAUGUGGUCAAAUUAGAGGAAAGCAGAUGCAAUCAAUGGAAAAAAAUAUUUCCAUUUUUUUUUUAUGAAUAAGGCAAAAGCCGUAAUUGUUCCAGUUUAGAGCUUUGUUAUCCAGCUAUGAUGUGCUUUUAGGCAAUAGAAAGGGAAUUGAAUUCCUAGAUUUCCAUUAACCUAUAUUUUUAAUGUGUUUUGUCUUUUUGUUUGGGGGUGCGACAAUACUGGAUAAAAUAACCCUUUCCCAGUAUUUGCCUGUUUUUAAUGAAUCUAACUAUUCUUAAUGAAACUUUUAUAUUUAAUAUACUCUUUAGCUUUCCUGCUAUUUAUCAAGACUGGCCUGAGGUGGUUUUACGUGUUAAGGAUAUGCAACGUGUAUUGUUAAUGCACUAUAGAAAUGGUGAUGAAGGAAGUUGUAAAUGGUAACUUAAAAUUUUUGUAAGAUACUGUAUAUUUUCCAUUUUCCUGAAGGUAGUUUUUUGAGGGUCUGUUAUAUUAUUAAGGCCAGAUUCUUGCCACAAAUAGUGUAGUUUUAGAUACAGACUAAAGUCUGUUCUAGUAUUAGUAAGGGAUAUUUCUGGUUUCAAAGUCAUGGGUUUUGCUAGACACGAUUCAUUUUGCUAGUUAGAAGGUAGAUACUGCAGCCAGUGGCAGACAGUUGUGUGACUGAAAUGAACUUCACUGUUGCCUCCAGUUUUUGAGUUGUACUUAGUGUAACAGACUCAUUCUGAGAUGUUUCUGUAGUCUGCCUAGAUGCCCUGGUUAUUCCGAUUAUUCUAAAUGCUGCAGUUUGAAGUAAAGCCCUGAAAAAACCAGAAAGUACCUUUUACUGUUGAUACAAAUUGUAUCUUUUUAACUAUAAGGACUAUUUUGAUUUGUAGAUCUAGUUAAAACACAAACGUGUAUAACUAUGAUUAGACUUUUGGGCACCAUUUUAUCCCUUAUUUAAAUACAAAUUUUUAAAGUUGAGGUCUAGCAUAGGGUAGAAAGUAAAAGUAACAAUUUAAGUAAAUAAAAGUGUCUGUCUUAGUUUUAUAUAAUACAUUAAAAUAUAUUAAAUAAAUUUAUUGGCAUUUUCUUUCUCCUAAAACUUAUCUAGUGUGAACUUAAAAUAAAGGUAAAAUGCUGCCUGAAAAUAAUGUCCAAGCACCUUUGACUAGGAUAACAUUUUCACUACUUGUGUGACACUGUGUGUUGCACGAAGUAGGAUUUGGGUAUUACAGUAAAUGCUUCUAAAAGGCAUUGUGCAUAUUGACAUAUCCAAUAAUCUGAACCGUGUUCAGCAAACUUAAUUCAGGAAAGUGGUGUUGUACACAAUUACUGCCGUUGUUUCUGAGGUGAAUGUGGCACUCAUCUGCACUCAGAAGCAAUGCGGGUGCUGCCGCGCAGACCGUUCCGAGUGGUGUCUGAGGGCAGCCCUGCCACUCACUUGUGAAACUGUUCCCCUUGAUUUUGUGGGUCACUCUCUGUAGAACAAGUUUAAAUGUAGAGGCUAAAUCAGUGCCAAAUAUAGGGUUACAAAUGUGUAGUACCUUUUUAGUCAUAGUCUAAAACUUUUUUUUUAGUAUGGAGUCUUUUUAAAUUGUACAUGUAGGUUUUGUUUCUGUUUUCUUAAUUUUAGUGUUUUAAUUGUUUGAAGAUUCUGCCAAACUUACUAUAUUUAUUUAAAUGAGAUCUUAGGUGAAAUGUUAAUCACACCUUUAAUUUGACCUCCUAAUUAAUGCUUUUAGCUAUUUGUCAUUGCUUCAUGGAUUGUAAAACUGGAACAGUAGUGUCGCUUGCAGCAGCCACCUGUCCUGAAGUCAAUAGCUCUGAGCUAUCACACUGAAAUCCUUCAGUAUAAUUGUUUAGUUAGGAAACAGCAGUUUUCCUAUCUCAAAAGGACAAUUUAUCUUUUUUAAAUAUUAUUUCAGAGCUUUAGAAUGAGAUAUUCGACACUUUAGAAACAGCAAACUCUUAAUUAUUAAAAAAGCAAUAAGUAAAAGGGUCCAUCAUUAAAUUAAGUCCAUAGCUGAUCCCAAACCUUUAUUUUAGCCAAAACUUUCACCUUAGUCAUAUCUUUUACCAGACUUGCUAAUAAAUAACCAGAAUGAUCUGUGUUAUUAAGUUGUGAAGCUGCCAAAAGUGGUCAACUGAUAAAAAGACUCUGAUCGGAAUAUCCUGCCCCUGAAUAACUGACAGCUGACUGUACAUGACAUUGUAGUUUGCCCAGUUCGUCGCCUCUGUGUCAGUGCAGAGGGAAUAGUAUCCACUGAGCCAAAUACUGGCCAUUAGUAUUUCCUCCUUUCUUGCAUGUGAUAUGUAAGUUUGCAGUCUCCUUUUUAUGAUCUCUGUAUCCUGAGAGAGUUUGUCAUUGACCUAAGUAUUUGAAAGAAAUGCACACCAGUAUAAAAUACUGGUAUUGGUAGAAACUUGAACUUUUUGUUUUUAUGAAAAUCCAUUCAUAAGAAUAUGUAAUAUAACUAAGAAGAAUGUUUUUAUGUGUGUGUGUAUGUUUUAUAUACACACACACAUGCGUACAUAUUUGUUAUGAAGUAUUAAAAAUAGAAGGUGUUACACUUUUGAUAGCUAACUUUUCCUCAACUGGACUGUGUUUCUUUGAGUGAAGGAUGACCAAGUCUGGAGUCUGACCAAUGAUAAGAUUAAGAACCACUUGAAUGGAAAGUAAUUCUUCACUAGUUUUAUUCUUGGUAUUUUUAAAUAAUUAUUUUGAUAAUUUUAGUAGAAUGUGUAAUUUUAAAAUACACACAGAAUACCUUAAAGUAGUAGUGAUUACAUAGAUAAUUAUUUAACAUGUCUUUUAUGGAUGUAUCUAUAUGUAUAUGGACAGUAAUAUAUUUAAAAAACAAAUAUACUUUGAUGAUGUUGUAGUUAUUUGUGAUAAGUGGGAAGGUAGCUCUGUGUGUGUGUGUGUGUGUGUCUGUGUGUGUGUCUGUGUCUCUUGAAAACUCAUGCUACCUUCCCUGAUUUAAUAACUUAAUGGCACAUAACUUAAGGUGUAUUUGGUUUUCAUUAUUCUUUAUGCUAUCCAGUUUCCUUAGUCAAGGUAGAAUGUACAGUUUUCCAGCCAUUCUGUUAGUGUAUGGCUCAUCCAUUUCAUUACCCAGCUCCUGGAGAAUUCAUGAGUGACCUGAAGUCAAACCAGUCAUGGCCAGAGAGAAUGCUUCUGUUCCAAAUAUAUUAAACAUAGGAUGUUGGGCAUCCAAGGUGUACACCAACAAGUAAAAUGAAGUAUAAGAUACAUGAAGAUACAUGAAGUACACACAUUCUUUGAAUAAGAAAAAACAGUGAUAAUAAAAGUAGAGAAACAAAGCAUUAUUUUUAAUUGGUUUGGGAAAUUCCCUGGGGCAAGGGUUGACAAACUUCUCUAAAGAAUCAGAUAGCAACUAAUUCAAGCUUGGAGAAUCACAUGGUCUAUAAACUACUCACCUCUACCCUAAUCAAUCAAAGCAGCCACAGACAAUAAAUGGACGAGCAGGGCUCUGUGCCAAUAAAACUUUAUUUACAGAAACAGGCAGCAGCAAGAUUUGGCCUGUGGGCUAUAGUUUGCUGAUCUUGCCUUAGAGGAAGACAGGCACAUAUUAAGUAGUAAAUCCUGACAUACUUUAAUAUGAGAAAUGAUAAUUGUAUUGCAGUUGACAUGCAAAGAAAAUUGUAAGUCAUAUUAAAACAUCUUUAUUCAUUUGUUUUUUACUUUGUCAUACCCAUGAUUGGAGAUAUUUCUUGUGUUUAACCACACACCCACAAAAAAAGCAUUCUGUAAUAAGAUGUUUUAAUAAGUAUUGAAAGUUUUUCAUAAACUUUGUAUUUCUAUUGAUAAAUCAGAAUCCCUAACCUACCUUUUGUUUUUUAAGGGCCUCAUGGACCAAAACUUAUGUAGUAUUUUGAAAAUUAGCUUAUAAGCCUAGAAAUACUUUAAGGACUGCACCUAUCAGUUACAUUUUUCUGGUUUUUGACUUAUAAAAAAAUGACUGAUCUGUCAGCCCUUCUUUAAAAUGGUUUUAAAGAAGAUAAAUAUGUUGUAAUUUCACAUACUAUAGCUUUAUUCUGUAAGAUUAAAAAUUGUGGCUAGUGUAAUUGUAGCUAUAAUGUGAGUGCAUUUGCUGUAUUGUGACUAUAAAAAACAAAGUAUAUUGCUGCUUUCUCUGUCCAAACCUUUAGUACAGGUUUUUUUUAGACACCUUAGGACUGUCCUUGGUGAAUGAUAUUCUUAACUUGAUAUGUGAUGUUUGGUUCACUGAGGUGCACAGUGCUGAGCACAUUCCUUCACAGGGCUUUAUGAAGUGUGUUAAUAUCAUUUGUGUAAGAAUAUUACAUAGUUUUGAACAGCAUCAUCCACAUAAGUAGUUACACUUUCUUUUAAUAUAGGAAUACAACUCUAGCUUUUAACAGUGUUUACUGUUUUCAAUGGUUAUUUUUUCUUUAAUGCUAUCCGUUGCUUUUUGCUUCAGUUACAGUAACACUGUUACAUAUCAAGGGGUGGCUUUUUCCCUUAGAUCCUUUGUCUUUCAGAUUUAAAAACAAUUUAAGGUUUUGAGCAUUUGGCAGUAAAAAAUGCAUGUUUUUCACUUUUUAAAACAUGUGCCAAAUUUGCUAAUGUUCUGUCCAGUUAUUGCAGAUGAAUAACAAAUUGUCCAUUAAAGUUUUUUACCCUUUUCUUAAAGCACCUUAUGUCUCGGGAAAAAGACAUUGAAGAGCAAUGGUUUAAAAUUUUAAAAGAAUAUGUUGUACAUCCCUUUGGUUUUUGAAAUUAUAAAUUUCCUAGGUAAUACAGAGUACCCAUAAAUAUGCGAAUUUUUGCAUAGACAUAGACGUUAACAACACAAGUGAACCAGGUUACUGAUUUUCUUUUCCUUUUAGGUUUUUUUCCUCUCAAAACUAUUGUAUGCUGAUGGUAACAUUUCCAGUUAGACCUUUUUCAAACUUUUCUUUUAGAAAAAUAAGGCAAAGAAUAUGUUUGGAACCAUCUAUCUGAUAGAUAAGCUGAUGUGAUUCUAUUUAUCCUGUGUCUAUUUUGUGUGAUUCUGUAAUGGAAUUUUUACAACUCCAAAAAGCAGUAUUUUAGAUCUACUAGAAAUUCCUAUCAAAACAGCUAUGUGACUCUGCCACUGAGAAAAAUAUUAAAGAUUCAUUUUUCUUA